UGCUCCAUUUAACAAUUUUGCCCUGGCCACUUAACUCAGUGGUAAGUGUUUUCCAUGGUUGAAGUGUGUCCGUAAUUCAUUUCCAAGGUAACACACUGAAAUCGUUUUGGCAUGGAAACCGCUGAGCCUUUAGGUGCACCUGUUGACAGCUCGGCUGCACCAGGGGCAGAAAUGACUCGUCUUUCCUGGAACUAGUUUUUGGUUGAGUUAAGAUAUCGAGAGAGACAAGAAGGCCAGCUGCUUACUCGGGGUUUACCUAUUAUAUUUCUCAGUAUUUUUUUUUUUACUGUAAAGUAGAUUACUUUAUCACUUAAAAGAAGAUUUGGAUGCGAUUGAAAAAAAAAAGUAUUUUGCUAGUAAGUGACAGUUGGAGCUACCAGUGCGCCGACGCGGAUGAUGACUGGACCUGUUAACUGGAUGAAUGAGGUUGUUUUUUUACAUAAUAUAUCUGCAAGAAUGAAGAUGGAGCCUUAGUUCUUAUCCUGCUUCAGUGUCUGCAACAAUGAAUAUAAAUCCUUAGGCUACUGAUGACCCUUCCGCCUGCUUCCUUAAAGGUCUGAUUUCACUGUUUAGCUGUCGGGCCUUCAAAACACUGCGGAUAUGUAAAAAUACCUAUGACACAUGAUGUAGAUCAUAUCCACUGCUGGGAAGCUUCCCAUAAAGGGGAUGACAUUUUCUUCACACUUGAUGCGCGGAGUUGUUAAAACACAUUAACAGCUGAGACUUGGGAAUCUCGAGAGCUCCUGGGAAGAACGAGUGAACUUCCACUGCAGAGCACUGAUGGUCGGCCGGACACUCAGGAUUUAAUCCUCGUCGGGAUACGAUGGAUAAGGUAGAGCAGAUCCUGUCAGAGUUCAGGCUGAAUAAGGAAGAGCUAAAAGAAGUCAUGGAGAGGAUGCAGCGUGAGAUGGAUCGAGGACUGCGUAUAGAGACGCACGAAGAGGCCAGCGUCAAAAUGCUUCCGACUUAUGUCUGCUCCACCCCCGAGGGAUCAGAGGUGGGCGACUUCCUGGCCCUUGAUCUGGGGGGGACAAACUUCCGUGUGAUGCUGGUGAAGGUGGGUGAAGAUGAGGAGAGGAGCUGGAAGGUGGAGACCAAGAACCAGAUGUACUCUAUUCCUGAAGAUGCCAUGACGGGCACUGCAGAAAUGCUGUUCGACUACAUAGCAGAGUGUAUGUCUGACUUUUUGGACAGACAUCAUAUCAAGCACAAGAAGCUUCCUCUCGGUUUCACCUUCUCCUUUCCUGUACGACAUGAGGACAUUGACAAGGGUAUUCUGCUUAACUGGACCAAGGGCUUCAAGGCGUCGGGGGCAGAAGGGAACAAUGUUGUGGGAUUACUCAGAGACGCGAUCAAGAGACGAGGGGACUUCGAGAUGGAUGUGGUUGCCAUGGUGAACGACACAGUAGCCACCAUGAUCUCCUGCUAUUAUGAAGAUCGCAGCUGUGAAGUCGGGAUGAUUGUCGGCACUGGUUGCAAUGCGUGUUACAUGGAGGAGAUGAGGACCGUGGAGCUGGUAGAAGGCGAGGAGGGCCGGAUGUGUGUGAACACAGAGUGGGGGGCGUUCGGAGACAACGGGGAGCUGGAGGAGUUCAGGCUGGAGUAUGACAGAGUGGUGGACGAGACCUCGAUUAACCCCGGACAUCAGCUUUAUGAGAAGCUGAUCAGCGGGAAGUAUAUGGGUGAGUUGGUCCGGCUCGUCCUGGUGAAGCUGGUGAAUGAAGACCUGCUGUUUAAUGGUGAAGCCUCUGAGCAGCUGAAGACUCGUGGCAGCUUUGAGACGCGCUACGUCUCACAGGUGGAGAGUGACUCCGGGGACAGAAAACAAAUCUACAACAUCCUGUCCUCACUGGGUGUUCUGCCAUCAGAGCUGGACUGUGACAUUGUACGCCUGGUCUGUGAGAGUGUCUCCACACGCUCUGCUCACAUGUGCGGUGCAGGGCUCGCUGGCGUGAUCAACCUGAUGCGGGAGCGACGCAGCCAGGAGGCCCUGGCAAUCACGGUGGGGGUCGACGGAUCAGUCUACAAGCUGCACCCAUGUUUCCGUGACAGGUUCCACAAGAUCGUCAGAGACCUCACGCCUCACUGUGAGAUCACUUUCAUCCAGUCGGAGGAGGGGAGCGGCCGCGGAGCUGCUCUGAUCUCAGCAGUGGCCUGUAAGAUGGCUGCUUGCAUGCUGACACAGUAAAGGGAGCCGUGCAAUGAGCAAGCCUGAACUCUGAGUUUGAGAACAUGUCAUCCCGGUUGGCAGCUCUGGCCUUUUCAGGCAAAGUGGAUACGUGUCACUGGAAGAUGUACAGAAAAGAAAGCAGCAAACAACUUGUAUUAUUGUUAUUCUACUGUAUUUGGUAGAAUUAGACCAACUUGUAACAAUGUCAGUGUGUCUGAACUGGUUUGAAUUGGUUUACUGUGACAGACUGGGCCAUUUAAAGAAUGGCUGGCAUAUUAUUGAUGACAGUGUGUGUGUUAUAAUAUCAGUGCAAACUGGUUGAUGUACAGGGUUAGGGUCACAUUGGAUUGUUUUUGUAAAUGCUGUUGUAAACUACAUUAUAUUCAUUGCUUUGCUGUGUUGUCACUUCUGUUUGUUCUACUGUAUAUUUGAAAUUUUACGUUUACAUCCUUAUGUGUGUUAGCCAGUAGGUUAUGGUUUUUCAUGAGUGCGUGACGAAAUGUGAUGGAGGUAAAUAAGCUGUAAAUAAAACUGCUCAAUUAAAGGUCCCAUAUUGUAAGAAA